CUUGGAGCUUAUUACUCUUACUAUGUUUCCCACGUUUCCAACAACAAAAUGUACUCGCGAUGGUUUGCCCGCAGCGAGAUCGAACCCGGAACGAUUAUCCAGCUGAAAAGGCACCAAUGGGUAAUUCUCCAGACUAUUAACGAACACGAAUCCCAGACCUCCCCAGAAGACUUGGUGUACAAUCCUGGCCCAUCUUCGACCUGUACUCUCCUGCGUUGCCAGAGAGUUGGGCCCUAUUGUCCAGUCCAAGGCUAUAUGCGAAUCUACAAACAGAUUCCCAUUGCGGGGACUGAAGUCGAGCCUGCGCGUACACGAGCCCAGCAAGCCGGGUUCUGUUGCCCGAGGGAGCUAGAGGCACUCCGUGUUUUGACAAAGAAGCAGAAAACGUCGCCUAUUACUCCACGUCUACUGGACACCAAGGAAGACAAGCAGGAUGAUACUGGCGUUGUUCCGGGGGGGUUUGUUACCUGGAUUGUCUGGGAAGUGGUACCAGGGGUUCGUUUGGGGGAUCCUUGCGGUGCUCCAGAAUUCUGGGCUAUGGAUAGUAGCGAGCGAAAUGCUAUGCGCGAAAAGUUCAAAGAAGGCAUUAUGAAACUAUACCGAUGGGGAUACUACCCUCUCCAUGGCAAUGGUCGAAACCUCGUCUGGCAUGCCGACACCUCCACUCUUUCACUUACUGAUUUAAACCACAAUUAUAUGUACUUUGUCGGAUUCCUUUUGGCUGGCAGGUUCAAGGGAAAUCCGGUCUGGUCUCCAGGAAUAUGGGCUGCUUGGGACCUUGCUAGACCUCCCGAAGGAUGCCAUUACUACUUACCCCGUUGGGACAAAUCUACGGAGGGUUGGGAGUGGUAA